CUUCAUGCAAAACUUCCCCGGCCCCGACCCUCCUCCUCCUCCCCCUCCUCCUCCUCCUCCUCCUCCUCCUCCUCCUCCUCCUCCUCCUCCUCCUCCUCCUCCUCCUCCCCGUCGCGGCUGCGGAGCGCGGCGGGUCCCGCCCGGCUGCGGCUCGCUCGGCUCCCCGGGCCGGGGCCGGGGCUUGGGGCGGGGGGGGACACCGUGGGCUGCCCCCGCCGCAUGCCGCAGGGCCCCCCCGGGGUGCCCGAGCCCCGCCGGGGCCGGAGCCGGAGCCGGAUCGCGGCACCGGGCAGCGGCCGCGGGCGGAGACGGGGUCGGCGGCGUCGCCAACUUCGCGCUGCCCGCGGGGCUCCGGAGGAAGGACCCAAAGCUUUGCUUGGGCUCACGUCUCUGCCGCCGCCUGUUCUCCCCGGCGUAGCCAUGCAGACCCCGGUGCCCUCCUGCAGCCCGGCCGCCGGCUGCUCCCCGGGGGCCGGCAUCACCGGCGGGAGCCGCUGACGGUGCCACGAGCGGGAGCCCAGCGGGAGCCAUGCCGCCCGCCCGCCCCAGCCUCGCUCCCUGACCGCUGCCGGGUUUCGGGCUGCGAGCUCUGCCCCAGCACGGCUUUGGCGAUGAGCGGGGGUUAUUUUUGCAUGGAGCGUCUCUCCUUCUGCCUCCUCCUGAGUGCCUGGAGCUGGGGGUGGGCGCCCGGGGGUGCCGCCAAGCCCAAAGGCCAGGGCUACCCGCACAUGAACUCCAUCCGCAUCGACGGGGACAUCACGCUCGGGGGGCUCUUCCCCGUGCACGGCCGGGGCGUGGAGGGCAAAGCCUGCGGGGAGCUGAAGAAGGAGAAGGGCAUCCAUCGCCUGGAGGCCAUGCUCUUCGCCCUGGACCGCAUCAACAACGACCCCGACCUGCUCCCCAACAUCACCCUGGGCGCCCGCAUCCUGGACACGUGCUCGCGGGACACGCACGCCCUGGAGCAGUCGCUGACCUUCGUGCAAGCCCUCAUCGAGAAGGACAGCACCGAGGUGCGCUGCGUCAACGGCGGUCCCCCCAUCAUCACCAAACCGGAGCGGGUGGUCGGCGUCAUCGGCGCCUCGGGCAGCUCCGUCUCCAUCAUGGUGGCCAACAUCCUGCGGCUCUUCAAGAUCCCCCAGAUCAGCUAUGCCUCCACCGCGCCGGACCUGAGCGACAACAGCCGCUAUGACUUCUUCUCCCGCGUCGUCCCGUCUGACACCUACCAGGCCCAAGCCAUGGUGGACAUCGUCAAAGCCCUUAAGUGGAACUACGUCUCCACCUUGGCUUCCGAGGGCAGCUAUGGUGAAAGCGGCGUGGAGGCCUUCAUCCAGAAGUCUAGGGAGGAUGGGGCGGUGUGCGUGGCCCAGUCUGUCAAGAUCCCGCGGGAGCCCAAGCCGGGAGAGUUCGACAAGAUCAUCCGCCGCCUCCUGGAGACCUCUCACGCGCGGGCCGUCAUCAUCUUCGCUAAUGAAGAUGAUAUCAGAAGGGUGCUGGAGGCGGCCAAGAGGGCGAACCAGACGGGACACUUCAUCUGGAUGGGCUCGGACAGCUGGGGCUCCAAAAUCUCCCCGGUCCUGCACCUGGAGGAGGUGGCCGAGGGCUCUGUCACCAUCCUGCCCAAGCGGGUCUCUGUCAAAGGUUUCGACCGCUACUUCUCCAGCAGGACGCUGGACAACAACCGCCGAAACAUCUGGUUUGCUGAGUUUUGGGAGGAAAAUUUCCACUGCAAGCUGAGCCGGCACGCGCUGAAGAAGGGCAGCAGCAUCAAGAAGUGCACCAACAGAGAGCGGAUCGGCCAGGACUCCUCGUACGAGCAGGAGGGCAAGGUUCAGUUUGUCAUCGAUGCCGUCUACGCCAUGGGCCACGCUCUGCACAACAUGCACAAGAACCUGUGCCCUGGCAAGGUAGGGCUGUGCCCCAGGAUGGACCCGGUGGACGGCGUGGAGCUGCUCAAGUACAUCCGCAACGUCAACUUCUCAGGCAUUGCUGGGACUCCCGUGACGUUCAAUGAGAACGGAGAUGCGCCGGGGCGUUAUGACAUCUACCAAUACCAGAUCAGGAACUCCACUCCUGAGUACAAAGUCAUCGGGCAAUGGACUGACCACCUCCACCUAAAAGUGGAGAGCAUGCUGUGGCCAGGGGGUGGGAGCCAGCUCCCCAGCUCCAUCUGCAGCCUGCCCUGCAAGCCGGGCGAGAGGAAGAAGUUGGUGAAGGGCAUCCCCUGCUGCUGGCACUGCGAGCGCUGCGAUGGCUACCAGUACCAGCUGGACGAGUUCCACUGCAAGCGGUGCCACUUCAAUGAGCGGCCCAACGAGAACCACACCAGCUGCACCCCCAUCCCCAUCAUCAAGCUGGAGUGGAGCUCGCCCUGGGCCGUGGUGCCCGUCUUCAUCGCCAUCGUGGGCAUCAUCGCCACCCUCUUUGUGGUGGUCACCUUCGUGCGCUACAACGAUACGCCCAUCGUCAAGGCGUCGGGGCGGGAGCUGAGCUAUGUCCUGCUGACGGGCAUCUUCCUCUGCUACGCCACCACCUUCCUCAUGAUCGCCGAGCCCGACUUGAGCACGUGUUCCUUGCGACGCAUCUUCCUCGGGCUCGGCAUGAGCAUCAGCUACGCCGCCCUGCUCACCAAGACCAACCGCAUCUACCGCAUCUUCGAGCAGGGCAAGAAGUCGGUGAGUGCCCCCCGGUUCAUCAGCCCCGCUUCCCAGCUGGUCAUCACCUUCAGCCUCAUCUCGCUGCAGCUCGUGGGCGUCUGCAUCUGGUUCAUCGUGGACCCGUCCCACUCUGUCAUUGACUACGAGGACCAGCGGACUACAAACCCCCACUUUGCCCGGGGCAUCCUCAAAUGUGACAUUUCGGACCUCUCCCUCAUCUGUUUGCUUGGGUACAGCAUGCUUCUCAUGGUCACCUGCACUGUGUAUGCUAUUAAGACCCGCGGGGUCCCGGAGACCUUUAACGAAGCCAAACCCAUCGGGUUCACCAUGUACACUACUUGCAUUGUGUGGUUAGCCUUCAUCCCUAUAUUUUUUGGGACGUCACAGUCGGCGGAAAAGAUGUACAUCCAGACCACGACGCUCACCAUCUCGGUGAGUCUGAGUGCCUCGGUGUCCCUGGGCAUGCUCUACAUGCCCAAGGUGUACAUCAUCCUCUUCCACCCGGAGCAGAACGUCCCCAAGCGCAAGCGGAGCCUCAAGGCGGUGGUGACGGCAGCCACCAUGUCCAACAAGUUCUCUCAGAAGGGAGGUUUCCGCCCCAACGGAGAGGCUAAAUCGGAGCUCUGCGAAAAUCUGGAAACACAAGCACUGGCUACCAAACAGACCUACGUCAGCUAUAGCAACCACGCGAUUUAGCUCCAGCGAUCGCAACUGCCUGGCGUAGAGGGAGGCUGCGGAUGCCACGACGCGGGAGGGAGCUGAGUCGCAUCGCUCGUCGCAGGACACUGGAGGGGGAGCCGGACGGGAUGGGGAGGUGGCAGCGGGGGGGACACACGCUCCUGGUGGGGCCGCUGGGCAGAGCUCCUGGGGAAGAUGGUGAUCAACAGCAGCAAAAAAAAAAAAAAAAAAAGAAACAAUAAAAAUAAACCACCGACCAACUGACCACCGUGACAAUGCAUGCCUCCCCACGGAGGAAGAGGAACAGUUGAGCAGGGGGGACAUGGUGCGGGGAAGAGGUGACGGACUUCGGCAAGUCUUCGGGGUUUUUUUUCUGUAUCUUGGCAAAAAAAAAAAAAGAGACCCAACAUUUUCCCUUUUCUGGAAUUUGUGAGAUUGUUUGUGGUUGUGCAGAACCUUCUGUUUUCUCUUUCUUUUUUUUUAAUCCUCCAUUUUCUUUUGUUCCUGUCUUCCUCCGUCCCUCUUCACUCUUUCUCCCAUAUCCUACCAAAUUCUAUAUGUUGCAAAAAGGAAAAAUAAAUAAAAAUACAUAAAAUUUAAAUAAAAAACAGACAACAAAAUAAAAUAAAAUAAAACCUAGACUGUGUUCAAAGUGCUGAUUUCUAUAGGUGGUUAAUUAAUGUAUGUGAUGACCAUAUGGAUUGAAAUAUGUCUGCUUUAUGUACUGACCAGUCAAAAAUCAAAAACACACAAAAAAAACAAAGUUCAGUGCCUGGAUGUUUAUGAACUAUUCGAUGACUGUGUAGAGCAUGAUCAUUUUUAUACGAGGAGAUUUCUAAUAAAAGACCAUGGUUUUGCA